AUGGCUCCUCCAACUGCUACUCAAACAGCUACUCCAGCUGAAGACGAUAUCGAACAGACUGUCAGAAAAUUAGCUAAAUUAAAACCAAUCAGUCAUGGAUUUGGUGGUGAAAACGCUAGUACCAACACUGGUCCUCAAUUGGAAUAUUUAAAGAUCUUACCUGAACCAGCUAGAAAGAGAUUUGAAAAAUAUGGUAUUGACUUAUCUAAGGGAUAUCCUGUUAUUCCACUUCCUGAUGAAAUUCCAAAAUUUGCCGAUGAAGCUUUUGCUAUUAGAAAUAAAGAUUUUCCAUACGUUGAAAAAGGUAAAAAAGCUGAUCCAGAAAAGAAAGCUUUAUUGGGAGCUGCUAAAGAAGUUAGACAUUUAACUAAACAUAUUGGUACUGAAAUUGUUGGAUUACAAUUAUCAGAAUUAAAUGAUAAACAAAAGAAUGAAUUAGCUUUAUUGGUAGCUGAAAGAGUUGUUGUUUUCUUUAGAGAUCAAGAUCUUUCUCCUCAAGCUCAACUUGCUUUAGGUGAAUAUUGGGGUCAAGUUGAAAGACAUCCUCAAGCCCCACAUGUUCCAUUACCAGAAAGAGAAGAUGCUGAUGAAAUUGCUAAAGGUAGUGGAAUCAGUGUUAUUUGGAGAAAAUUCUUUAAUGAAUAUUAUGGUCUUUCAAAAGGUUUCAAAAAGAAGCAAGCUGCUGCUGGAUGGCACACUGAUUUAGUCCAUGAACAUCAACCUGCCGGACUUACUCAUUUACAUAAUGAUACUAUUCCAAAAACUGGUGGUGAUACUGCUUGGGCAUCUGGUUAUGCUGCUUAUGAUAAAUUAUCUCCAGCUUUACAACAAUUCGUUGAUGGUAAGACUGCUAUUUAUAGAUCUGCUCAUCAAUAUAUUGACAGAGCCAAUCCUUUAAAGGGUCCAAAAUAUAUUGAAAGAGAACAUCCAAUUGUUAGAACUCAUCCUGCUACUGGCUGGAAAUCUUUAUUUGUUAAUAGAGCUAUGACUGUUAGAAUUGUUGGAUUAGAACCAGAUGAAUCUAAUUUAAUCUUAGAAUACUUAUACUCUGUUUAUGAAAAGAAUUUAGAUAUUCAAGUUAGAUUCAAAUGGCAACCAACUAAAGAAGGUUUUGGUACUUCUGCUAUUUGGGAUAAUAGAAUCUCUCAACAUUAUGCUAUUCCAGAUUAUGAUGUUGAUGAAGAUGAUCGUCAUGGUACUAGAGUUACAGCUUUAGCCGAGAUUCCAUACUUUGAUCCAAGUUCAAAAUCUCAAAGAGAAGCUUUAGGAUUAUCUUUAAAUUAA